AUGGUCUCAACGCCGAUAACAAGAUGGAAGUCUGGCUCCGCCCUCCACAACACGCGGUCGUUCGCAUGCUCCUCAAUCGUGCAUGCAGCCCCCUCAACACCCAUUUAUGUUCCAAAAUCCGCCGCCUUAAUAUCUUCUGUUCCAACUCCAGAUGAACUAAAAGCACAGGAGCUUGAUCUAGACAUAAUACCCAAAGAGGAUAUCAAGCUAGAACUUACAAACCGAGCUGCCGAGCAACUGCAAUCUAUAGCUACGCGGGAACACUCUCCCAGUGCAGGCCUACGCAUUGCAGUGGAGUCAGGAGGAUGUCACGGUUACCAGUAUACAAUGGAGCUGGCUUCUGAACGAAAUGUGGAAGACUACCACUUCACACAUCCGGCCAUUAUUCCGUCAAAUAUCUAUAUCGACGCAGUCUCCCUCGGACUUCUCAACGGCUCUACAAUAGAUUUCGCUACCGAGCUGAUAGGGAGCUCGUUUCGCAUCGCGGAGAACCCGCAGGCGAAGGGUGGAUGUGGCUGCGGGAUUAGCUGGGAGAUGAAAGAUUAA